AUGGCGGAGCAGUGGGAUCUGGACGAGGAGGGCAUCCGCCGCCUGGGGGCGCUGAGCCUGGAGCAGACGGAACUGGUGGAGUCUCUUUCAUUGCAGGGAUCUUAUGCUGGAAAAAUCCAUUCCAUUGGUGAUGCCUUCAGAAACUUUAAAAAUCUUCGAUCUUUAGAUUUAUCAAGGAAUUUGAUCACUAGCCUAAAGGGCAUCCAGUAUUUAUGUUCACUGCAAGACCUGAAUUUAUAUUAUAACAACAUUCCUUCAUUAGUGGAGGUGUCCCGCCUGCAGCCUUUACCCUUCCUCAAAGAACUAGAUUUGAGACUCAAUCCUGUUGUAAGGAAAGACACAGAUUACAGGCUCUUUGCUGUGUACACGCUACAAACUCUGGAGAAGCUGGAUGACCGAACCGUACGUGAAAGUGAGAGGAAAGCUGCAAAGCUGCAUUUCAGUCAGUUGGGCAACAGUGAAAAUUUUCUUUUAGAGGUGGAGAAAAGCUCCAGGGAGAAGACAAUGACAAACUGUGUGGCAGAUGAGAGCUCUCCAUCUAAGGCCAGUGCUGAUGUGGACACCAGGAUUGAAACAGACUCAGACAAAGGACUCUUUAUUCCCUUCCCCAACCGGGAAAUAAAGGAUUCCCUAGCAAGUGCUUUGGUAACCCAAGGCAGUGGUACCCCAGACCAGGAAGCAGGCACUUUUCCUCUGGGAACACAGGAAGUGAUAAGAAGGGAGAUGCCAAGUGACAAUCACCAGGAAGACGAAUUCAGACAUUACUCACCUCGUCAGUCCGCAGUUCGAUCCCCAGAGAAGAUGGCUCGAGAUGGGUACCGAGUAUCUUUUCUGGACAGUAAGUCUUCAUGUCCUUCUCCGGAAAAGGACUUGAUAAUGAAACUGGAUAGUUACCAGCUCACCCAUGAGGCCUCACUGGGUAAACGCCUGGAUGUGGGCGACUCCAGCCAGAUCCAGCCCUAUCAGCUGUCCUCCGACGGCGGUCUGGAAAAUUAUGAUAGUCAUUAUUCUCAAACUCUGUCUCUGCAUGGAAGUCCGGGGAAAAGGCCUCAGAGAAGCAAGAGCUACAGGGAAUACAGCAUGAAGCCUCCAAAUGACAUGAAGGCCACCGCAUCCCAUUCCUGUGGAGACCUGCUGACUUCUCUGUCAAAUUCUGACUCCAGCACCGGAAGACUUUUGAAGCUUAGUUCAGAUCUGUAUGCCACAACCCAUUUCAACAGUGACCCUGCUCUGCUCAGCAAUGUAGAACAGCAAUUAUCCAGCAGCCUCGGGGAUUUAACAACAACACAUGGUCCUUUUCCAAGCAACUCUGUCCUAGGAAACUCUCUGCCUGCCCAACUGCUGUUGCCUCCUGGGACUUCAGACAACAGAGAGAUUUUGAGCAAGAGGUCAAUAAGCCCCUCGAGGAGAGGAUUCAAACGGAAGGACAAUAUCCUUGCCAACCUGAAUCCAAAGCAUGGUUUCAGAGAUGUUGCAGGCAGUGAGCCUCUCUCUAGUGACCUGGGCAGUUUGCAUGGUUUGCCAGGAAACCACAGCCCCCCAAUCUCUGCCAGAACCCCCCAUGUGGCCACUGUCCUCAGACAGCUCCUGGAGCUUGUGGAUAAGCACUGGAGUGGCUCCGGCUCCCUCCUCCUCAACAAGAAGUUUCUCGGUCCUGCCCGAGAUUUGCUUCUGUCUUUGGUAGUCCCUGCUCCAUCUCAGCACUGGUAUCGCUCGCAUCCUGAAGAUGCCCAGAAAGCCUUCCGCAGGAGGGAGAUGGAACAGAAGGAGGCUGGGCAGCUGGUUCCUAAUGACAUGGAAAGUUUGAAGCAAAAGCUGGUCAGAGUGUUGGAGGAAAACCUCAUGUUGUCAGAAAGAAUUCAGCAAUUGGAGGAAGGUGCAGCUUCCGCAGUCGUGAGUGGGCAGCAGUCCCAUAAUUACGAUGACCUUCUGCGCAGAAACCAGCAGCUGACCAUGCAGGUGGCCUGCCUGAAUCAGGAGCUUGCCCAGCUGAGGAAGCUAGAAGACACAGUUGCCCUUCUCCACGAAAGUCAGAGGUCCCUGGUGGUAACUAAUGAGUACCUGCUGCAGCAGCUGAAUAAGGAGCAGAAAGGUUGUUCCGGGAAAGCGCUCCUGCCUCCCGAGAGGAGCCAUCACCUGGGGAGAGCGUCGCCCUUCGGGAAGAGCACGUUGUCUUCCUCCUCGCCAGCGGCACACGACACGGGUCAGUAUCUAAUACAGAGUGUCUCCGAUGCUGUCCCCGAGCCCGGCGCAUGGAGCUAGCACCAGACACCUACUGCAGCCUCCCU